AUGUGGCUCGCCGUGCGCACUGCCUGCGUAGCCUCUCUCGCUCUCUCCUUUCUACCAGCUGCGCUUGUUCGGGCCAGCUUCGCAGACCCACCGCCACCGCCCGUGCUGUCUCCCAAGAGCGGCGACGUGUGGACGGUAGGGGAGGUGAUGACAGUUAGAUGGAGUAUGGACGAUAUACCCUUCUUCGAGGGAGACAACAAGACGCCGUUUCCGGGAACUAUCUACCUCGGGCACCUUACCGACUCGGAUGCUGGCUUUGCUUUGUGGUCCCAGGAACCCCUCGCCGACAACGUCCCCCUCUUGAACAAGGAGGUGGCUGUUGAGGUUCCCAAUGUGCCUUCCGGGCGCAACUACUUCAUUAUGUGGAACUGGGGCCGCGCCGUCCUCGAUCUCGGUAUUCACUUUCCCGGUCACAACCGCGAGCUUCAUGCUGCCGUCGACUUUGUCGGCACUCACCUCUUCUACCUCGGCGGGUGUAUCGGGAAACGCGUCGAUUCCAACGUCAGGAUCUGGCGCCCCAUCCACAUCGUCCACGGCUUCCUCUUCGGACGCGACGACCUCUGGCAGUAG